AGUGUGGCGCUGGCCGAGUGCGUGAGCGGACGACGGGCCGCACCUCGCGAUUCCAACCCCCGCGGCGAUUCCUCGGAGCGAUUCCCGUACCUCACUCGUCGGCGAGCGGCGGUGACGAGAGAAAAUUGAGAAAUAGAAAGCCGUAGGCAAAGGCAGACGGGGUUGAGUGCGAGUGAGUGCCGAUUCACUAGCAUUAGUGCCUGACACUUGCACGCCGUGACAGUGCCUGCGUGUGCCAGCAAGCAGCAGGGCCAGGGAGAGUGGAAGCUUGAGUGCCACAGGAAGGCAAAGACGCGAAGGAAUUCCGUGCCAAAGGUGAGGGAGGCGAAGACGGCGGAGUUGGCAAACGGCGGCAGGUUGGUGGUGGGUGUGUGGCUGAGGGGGACCGCGGAGUGCGAGUGUGCGAGUGUGUCGUGUAACCGGGAGCAGGAGGAGAUUCCUCACUCUUCCCCUUCGUCACCCUCGUCACACCCACCACGCCCUCGCGCCCUCCCGCUCAGGGGCGUGCGUCCAGCGAGGAAGCGGUGUGGACGGCGCCCUCGCCCCGCGCCCGCCCGCGAGUGAGAGGAGGCCGGGCGCACCCAGGUGUAUGCCAAGCGCCGGCGUGGGCGUCCCGGCGCACCAGGAGGGGCACCCGCGAGGGAGGGCACCUGAGGGAGAGUCCGCUAUGGAAUGCGCCGAGUGAGACGCCCCCGCUGAGUAUUAUGGCCAGGCUGCUGGUGCCACAGCUGCUGCAGCGCCCCCUGAGGCCGCCACCGGUGCUGGUGGGCGCCCUCGUGGUGGCGCUGCUGGCCGUGGGCGUGGGCGGGCAGGAGAACAGUAACGCGGGCGUAGAGUGUGGGUGUGGCGGGAGCGUGGCGGCGGCGGUCAUCAUCAGCAUCAUCCUCACCCUCGCGCUGGUCGCCGUCGUGCUCUGCGUCUACUGGAGAUGCUGCCAGGGAACCACAGGUCGGAAGAAUGGCGACCUGGAGAUCGGAUCACACGCCGCUUACGACAACCCUCACUUUCUUCCGGACGAUAGCCUCGAUGCACCUGACGGAGUGGCUGGGUCGGCGGGCGGUGCCAGUGCCACCAACAGAAGCGGUCACGUGGCACCGGAGAAGAGCAUGUCCACUCUGGAGAAGCUGGUUCAGGCCGUGCGUUCAGGUGGAUCUCGUAACAACUCUCCCAGGCGGACGGUGGACGAUUCCCAUUUGACGGAGCCGUCGGUGGUGGCGGUGCCUCUACGCGGCCACGACUUCACUGGCCUCGGUUUCAACAUCUACGGCAACAUGAGGGACGGGGUCUUCGUGAAAGACGUUCUUCACCGCGGUCCUGCCUCGGAGUCGGGCAAGAUCAGUCCAGGUGACCGCCUCUUGGGCCUGGCGGUGAGCACGGAGCACAUGGUUCACGAGGACGCCCUCACACUGCUCUCCUACGCGUCUCCAUACCCGGUGCUGCUCCUGCUGGAGAAGUCUGCUCAGGGGGCCGAGCGACGCCUGCCUUCUGCCACGUCGGGCCGCCCCGUCCAUCCGUUCUACAGGAGUCAGUCAAUUGACGACCUAGCGAAGAUCGGCAAGGCGGACAUGUCGCGGGUGAGGGCCGCCCGGCUGUCCGGCGCACGGACUUCCAAGACAGAGGUGUCACGCCCAGACCUCGUGGGCGGGAUGGAGCUGCCACGCCUUAGCCUGAGCUCGGGCAUAGGCACGGGCGUGACUGCAGGCGCGCGGGUGGAUGCUAGUCUUGUACAGAGAGAGGCGCCCGAACGACACUCCGAACGUGCCAUUGACGUGCCAGGCGCCGACGUCCGGAAGCCGACGGCGCGGGUUGAGGGUCCCGCAGUCCACGCCGAUGCCAAAGCCGACUCGAAGCUAAAAUUCGGCAUCAAAGUCUUGCCAGAUUUGACAGGAAGAGUUCCUAAGCGCGAUCUUGACCUCGAAGCUGGAGGAGAACUGUCAGCUGAGGGUCCUUCGCUCAACCUCCAGCAACCUCGUCUAGAUCUUGAAACCGAAAUGGACACUCCCUCGGCAGGAAUUGAGACCGAGGGCUUCGAUGGCGCUAACAAGAAGCCGAGUGGCAUCAAGUUCGGAGUCAAACUGCCACAGAUGAAAGUCAAGGCCGGGCAAGGUGACUUAGAUGUUCCCGAUGCCACGGUUAGGAUGCCAAACAUACCCGAAGGUGAGGUAAGACUCGGAGUGGAGGAUAACCUCAACGUCAACAUGCCAGACGUCGACCUUGGUGGAAGAGGCGUGAACAAAGUCUCACUCGAACCCAAGACAGACGACGAAAAGCAGAAGGCCAAGGGUUCCUUCGGCAUCGACCUGGACUUCAAGGGCUUUGGACGGGGCCAGGAAUCAAACUCCGAACACAAGGAGGAAACCGACUCAGACAGAGAAACGGGAAAAUCAAAAGGUUUCGGCAACAUGAACUUUGGUCUCGACUUCAAGGGUCUGAAGAGAGAUGACGAAGUUGUCUCAGACGAAGAGAAAGUGAAGUCUAAAGGCAAUAUUGGGCUUAGCAUUGACACUCCGGACCUCCAGAUGCCAAACGUAGACUUUGAACACAAGGUAGGCAAUGUAGAAAACAUCUCAUCUAAGUCUGAAAAAUCAGGUUUUGGGAUCGACUUCAAAGGUCCUGAAUUCUCCAUGCCCAAGCUUAACCUUCAAGGACAGACCAAAGGCAAGGGUGAAGGCGAUCAAGCUGGGCUCACCCUGAAUGCUCCCGAUGUGAACUUACCUGACGUGAGUUUCAACAAGACGUUGGAUAUUGAAGGAGGAGCAGGCGCUGACGGCAUGAAUGUUGACUUAAAGGGACCGAAAGUUGACCUUUCCCUCCCAGAGGCUGACCUAAAGGUUAAGGGUGAUAUGAAAACAGAUGCAGAAGCUGAGGUUGAUGCCUUUAAGAAAGGCGGUUUUAGCUUUGGCCUGACGGGUCCGGACAUCAACCUUCCUAGCUUCGGCUUGGGUGGGCGAAGUGACGAAGAAAAGGACACAGAUGAAAAGAAGAGCAAAAAGGAAAUUGAGGGAGAUGGAAAAGAUCUGUCGCUAGAUCUCCGAGGGCCUGAUAUUACCCUACCGAGCAUGAGCCUAAAAGGUAGUGCAGAGCCAGUUCUAGAGGAGGUGAAUGUGGAAGCAGAAGAAGGGGGUAAAAAGAAGAGCAAAAAGAGCAAGAAGGGUUUUAGUUUUGGAUUCAAGGCUCCUGAUUUUAAUCUUCCGGGGAUGAAUUUCAAGGGGCGUGGAGAUGACAGUGAUAAUGACGACAGCAACAACUCUGAGAGUGAAAAGAAAGACAAGAAGAACAAGAAAGGCUUUAGCUUUGGUCUGAAAGGUCCUGAAAUGAAUGUCCCGAGUGCCAACCUGAAACUUCAGGGUGAUGCCUCCAUGCCAGAUGAAGGAAAGGACUCCGAUGACGAAGGAAAGAAGGAGAAAAGGAAGAGCAAGAAGGGCUUCAGGUUUGGCUUGAAGGGACCCGACGUGAACAUGCCAAACGUCCAAGUACACGCUGAGGCAGAUGCAGGCGCAGACAAUGACGAUGCGAAAGAUAAGAAAAAUAAGAAGGGAUUCUCCUUUGGAUUAAAAGGUCCUGAGGCAGAUAUCAACCUUGGAGCUAAAGGCAUCGAGGGAGAGGGCUUUGAGGUGAAAGGACCAAAUGUAAACAUACCUGAUGUCAGCCUAUCUGGUGGUUUGGAUGUUGGAGACAGAGAAAAGCCAGAUGGAGAGGACGAUAAGGACAAAGAGAAGAAAUCUAAGAAAGGAUUUAGCUUUGGUUUUAAAGGACCUGAUGUCAGCUUACCGAGCAUGAGUAUCAAGGGAAGUGCAGACGGAAGUGAAAAGGAGAAGGACAUAUCUGAUGAUGAAGAGGGAAAUGACAAAACUAAAAAGAACAAGAAAGGCUUCAGUCUCGGAUUAAAAGGUCCUGAUUUCAGUAUGCCUAGUAUGAGUCUCAAAGGAAGUGCCGAAGGAAGGGAAAAUCAAAAGGAAGAGUCAGACGAUGAUGGUGAUAAUGAUAAGAAAGCCAAGAAAGGAUUCAGCUUAGGAUUUAAAGGACCUGACUUCAGCCUACCGAGCAUGAGCAUUAAGGGAGAAAAGGGAGACAAUGAAUCCGACGAUGAUGACGAUGACAAGGAGAAAAAGGCAAAGAAGGAGUUUAGUCUUGGACUGAAGGGACCUGACUUUAAUCUCCCUAGCCUGAGUCUGAAGGGAAGUGCCGAAGGAGGUGCUAAGGAGAAGGAAGAAUCUGACGACGAAGAAAGCGGCAAAGACAAGAAGUCCAAGAAGGGCUUUAGUCUUGGACUAAAAGGACCCGAUUUCAGUAUGCCCAGCAUGAAUAUCAAAGGUGGGGUAGAACACAGUGCUGAAAGGGUGGACGUAGAUGAUGAUGAAGAUGAGAAGGAAAAGAAAUCAAAGAAAGGAUUUAACUUUGGAUUCAAGGGUCCAGACUUCAGCCUGCCUAGCAUGAGCAUCAAGGGCAGUGGGGAAGGAGGUGACAAGGGAGGAGAUUCUGAAGAUGAUGAGAAAGACAAGGACAAGAAAUCUAAGAGAGGGUUCAGCCUUGGCCUGAAGGGACCUGACUUCUCAAUGCCAAGCAUGAGUCUCAAGGGAAGUGCAGAGGGAGACAAUAAGGAAAAGGAUGAGUCUGAAGAUGAUGACGAUGAUGGUAAGAGUAAGAAAUCAAGGAAGGGUUUUAAUCUUGGCUUCAAAGGCCCUGACUUCAGUCUUCCCAGUAUGAGCCUCAAAGGAAGUGCGGAAGGAGGCAACAAGGAAACAAAUGAGUCAGACGAUGACCAUGAAGAUGGAAAGAGUGGGAAGUCAAAGAAAGGUUUUAAUCUUGGAUUCAAGGGACCUGACUUUAACCUGCCCAGCAUGAGUCUCAAAGGAAAUGUAGAAGGAGGUAGUAAUGAAAAGGAGCAACCAGACGAUGAUGAUGACGACGAAAGUGGUGACAAGGAUAAAAAGUCUAAGAGAGGAUUUAAUAUUGGCCUGAAAGGUCCUGACUUCAGCCUACCCAGCUUCAGCAUGAAAGGAAGUGCAGAAGAAAGUGAUAGGGUAAAGGACGAAUCCGAUGAUGAUGACGAAGACAAGAACAGCAAGAAGUCGAAGAAAGGAUUCGGUUUUGGGUUCAAGGGCCCCGAUUUCAGCUUGCCAAGUAUGAGUAUCAGAGGAAGUGCUGAAGGUGUCGAGGAGAAAGAGGAAUCCGACGAUGAGGACGAUAAAUCCAAGGACAAGAAAUCUAAGAAAGGCUUCAGUCUUGGGCUGAAAGGUCCUGAUUUCAGCCUACCCAGCAUGAGCAUGAAGGGAGGUGCAGAACAUGACAAAGAGCUUUCAGAUGACGAUGACACUGAUGACAAAGAUAAGAGGGGCAAGAAGGGCUUCAGUCUCGGAUUCAAGGGCCCUGACAUUAACCUGCCAAGUAUGAGUCUCAAGGGAAGUGGAGAAGCCGGCGAAAAGGAAAAGGAGGAAUCAGACAGUAAUGAUGAAAAUGACAAAAAUAAGAAAUCAAGGAAGGGCUUCAGUCUUGGACUCAAAGGUCCUGACUUCAAUAUGCCCAGCAUGAGCAUCAAGGGCAGUGGAAAGGGCGACAAAGAUAAGGAAGAUUCAGAAGAUGAUGACGAUGAGAAAAAAUCCAAGAAAGGCUUCAGUUUUGGAUUCAAGGGUCCAGAUUUCAGUUUACCCAGCAUGAAUAUUAGAGGAAGCGGAGAAGGGGGAGAUAAAGAAAAGGCAGAAUCUGACAACGACAACGAUAAUAAUGAUAAAAGCUCGAAAGGUUUCAACCUUGGUAUUAAGGGUCCCGACUUCAGUCUGCCAAGCAUGAGCAUCAAGGGCAGUGGAGAAGGAGAUAACAAAGAAGAUGAAUCUGAUGAUAAUGAAAAACACAAGGAUAAGAAGUCCAAGAAAGGAUUUAGUCUCGGAUUUAAGGGACCUGAUUUCAGUCUUCCCAGUAUGAGUUUAAAAGGUCGUGGACAGGAUGAUGGGUCAGAGGCUAAGAACGAUAAGAGUGAUAAAGACUUCAAUCUUGGACUGGAGGGUCCCGAUGUUACUCUUCCGAAUGUAGACUUGAAACUUCAUGGCGAUGCUUCCUCUGGUGUUGCCGUGGACAAGGAGGAGAGUGAUGAUGAGAAACAAAAAUCAAAGAAAGGCUUCAGUUUUGGAUUCAAAGGCCCUGACAUAAACCUUCCAAGCUUUAGUCUCAAAGGCCGUGACCGAGGUGAUGGCGAAGAUGACUCAGGAGAUGAGAAAGACAAGGAUGGAAGAGAUAUUAAAUUUGGCUUAAAAGGGCCAGACGUCAAAUUACCAAGUGCUGAUCUAAGUGCCGAAGCAGACUUGGACCUAGAAUCUGAUAACGAAAAGAAAUCGAAGAAAGGAUUUAGCUUUGGCUUGAAAGGUCCUGAUCUGAGCCUACCAAGCUUCAGUCUAAGGAGCAAAGGAGACAAAGGUGAUAUGACGAAGCACAGAGUGACGAGACGAAAAUGACAAGAAGAAGAAAUCCAAGAAAGGCUUUAAUAUUAACUUGAAGGGUCCUGAUUUCAACCUCCCUGACGUCAAGGUAAAAGGUCAUGGAGAUUUAGAAGGAUAUGAAGGGAAAUUACCAGAAGGAAGCAUCUCCAAAUCUGUAGAGUUAACUGGACCAAAUAUUGAUCUUCCUUCUGUAGACCUCAAAGCUCAGGGACAAGUGGAUGAUGGUGACACAGCCAAAGGCAAAAAGUCUAAAAGGGGGUUCAGCAUGGGGAUCAAAGGUCCUGAUUUCAGUCUGCCUAGCAUGAAUAUCAAAGGAGGCAAAGAUGAAGAAGAGUCGGAUAAUGAAAACGAAAAUGACAAAGAUAAGAAGUCCAAGAAAGGAUUUAGUCUUGGCCUAAAAGGACCUGAUUUCAAUUUACCUAGUAUUAGCAUGGGAGGAAGUGCAGAAGCAGGUAGUAAGGAGGAGGAAUCAGAUAAUGAAGAAGCUGGUAAGAAGAAGUCCAAGAAGGGCUUUGGUUUUGGAUUCAAGGGCCCUGAUUUUAAUAUGCCUAGCAUGAGCAUCAAAGGUGGGGGAGAGCGUGACAAGGGGUCUGACGAUGAUGAUGAAAAGGAUAACGAUGGGAAAUCGAAGAAAGGAUUUAGUCUUGGUCUUAAGGGACCUGAAUUCAACUUGCCUAGCAUGAGCAUCAAGGGAAAUGCUGGACAUGAUAAAGAAGCUUCAGAUGAUGAUGAUGAUAACAAAAGUGAGAAGACCAGAAAAGGCUUCAAUCUUGGCCUAAAAGGUCCCAGUUUCAAUUUACCAAGCAUGAGCAUCAAAGGCAGUGGAGAAGGGCGAGAUAAGGAAGAAUCAGAGGAUGAUGAUGAAAAUGUCAAAGAUAAGAAAUCUAAAAGAGGAUUUAGUCUUGGAUUUAAAGGCCCCGAUCUCAGUAUGCCAAGUUUGAGUGUCAAAGGAGGUGCAGAUGAUGACAAAGAAGAGUCUGAUGAUGACAAAGACAAGGAAAAGAAAUCGAAGAAAGGAUUUAAUCUUGGAUUUAAGGGUCCUGACUUUAGUCUCCCGAGCAUGAGUCUUAAAGGAACUGCAGAUGACGAUAACACGAAAGAUGAACUUGAUGAAGGAGAAAGAGAUAAGGAUGGAAAGUCGAGGAAGGGUUUCAGUCUUGGAUUAAAGGGUCCUGAUUUUAACCUACCUAGUAUGAGCAUGAAGGGAAAAAUGGAAGGAGAUGUUAAGGAUUCAGAUGACGAGAAAGAAGACAAUGAAAAGAGGUCAAAGAAAGGUAUUAGUCUGGGCUUCAAAGGUCCCGAUUUCAGCAUGCCAAGUAUGAGUAUUCGGGGCAGUGGAGAAGGUGACAGGGCAAGAGAAUCUGAGGAUGACGAGAAAAACAAAGAAAAGAAAUCAAGGAAAGGUUUUAGCCUUGGGUUCAAAGGCCCCGACUUCAGCCUGCCUAGCAUGAGCAUCAAGGGCAGUGGGGAAGGAGGUGACAAGGGAGGAGAAUCUGAAGAUGAAGAUGAUGAUAAGAAAAAGUCAAGGAAGGGUUUUAAUCUUGGUUCAAAGGCCCUGACUUCAGUCUUCCCAGCAUGAGUCUCAAGGGGAAUGCAGAAGCAGGUGAUAAAGAAGAAAACGAGUCCGAAGAUGAUGAAGAUGGAAAGAGUAAAAAGUCCAAAAGGGGAUUUAAUCUUGGAUUCAAGGGACCUGACUUCAACCUACCAAGCAUGAGCAUUGGAGGAAGUGUCGAGGAGAAUGAAAGACAAAAAAUCCAAUGAAGACGAAGACAGUGAUAAGGAUAAAAAGUCCAAGAAAGGAUUCAGCCUUGGAUUAAAAGGUCCCGACUUCAGUUUACCGAGCAUGAGCAUUAAAGGAGGAGAAGAGGAAGAUGAUAAAGUGAAAGAAGAAUCAGAUGAUGAUGUAAAGAGUGAUAAAGGUAAAAAGUCCAAGAAAGGCUUUAGUCUGGGUCUAAAGGGGCCUGAUUUCAAUCUGCCAAGCGUUAGUAUCAAAGGAAGUGGAGAAGGAACCCACAAGAAAGAAGAAUCGGAUGAGGAUGAGAAGGAGACAAGGACAAGAAAGGAAAGAAAGGGUUCAGCCUCGGAUUUAAAGGACCUGAUUUCAACAUGCCUAGUAUGAGGGUGAAAGGAAGCGCAGAUGGAAAUGUAAAAGAGAAAGAUGAAUCUGACAAUGAUGACUAUGAUGAUAAAGGUAAGAAAUCCAAAAGAAGCUUUGGUCUUGGCAUCAAAGGACCGGACUUCAAUCUACCCAGCAUAAACCUUCGCGGCCACGGUGAUGGACAUGACGACAAGCAAAAGGAAAGUGACCAAGAAGAGGAUUCAGAACUCAAGUCAAAGAAAGGUUUCAAACUGAAUUUCAAGGGUCCUGACGUAAGAGCACCUGAUGUGAACCUGAAGAUGAGUGGACCUUUGGAUGAACUCUCUGAUGAAGAAAAGAAAAACUCGAAGGGGCUUGACUUUAAUCUUCCUAGCUUCAGCUUGAAGGGCCUCAAAGGAGGCAAGAAUGAGGACGAUGACCAUGACAGCGAAGACGAAGGCAGUGGCAAUAAAGAAAGGAAAGGUUUCAAGUUUGGAUUUAAAGGCCCAGAUAUAAAUCUACCAAGUCUGAGUUUAAGACGGUCAGAAGGCCAAGAUUCUGAUGAUGAGACUGAAGGGAAAGUCAACAAGAAGAGCUUUACUGUUGAUCUUAAGGGCCCUGAAGUCCAUAUUCCUGACACGACAACACACGUUGGAAUAACUCACAGUAAACCAGAAGUAGACAUGCCUAACAUACACACAGGAAGCAGUGGUGCAAAAGUAGAUGUUAAUAUUCCGAAAGUAGAAACCCCAGAUGUAGACCUUGCCUUUGACCAUGGUUCGGCUGCAAAGAAGAAGGAUAAGUCUUCCAGUUUCGGAUUCAAAAUCAAUGCCCCAGAUAUCAGUAUGCCAGACUGGGAUCUGCGAAUGAAGAAGAAAAAUUCAGAGGGCAAAAAGAUAGAUGUUGAUCUUCCCAGUGUCGAAGUCCCUGAUAUUGAAGCCGAAAGUGACCUCCCAGAAGUUGACAUUGAUUUGAAAAAGUCCAAGAUCGACUUACCAGUAGUAGAUUUAGAAGCCGACACCAGUAAGUUAGCUAAUUCAGAGGCAGAUUUGGAGAGCACACAGCACUCACCUGGAUUUGGCAUGGCUUUUGGUUUCAAAGGUUUCAAGAAACACAUUGGUAUUGACUCUCGAGGGACUGAUAUAACCAAUGUUUCUGAUGCAAAUGUUCGUGUAACUGCAGCUGAAGUCAACAUUGGCAGUCCAAAUAUUGAUAUUCCUGAAGGUACUGUUGCUGCCAAGAAGCGUGAAUUCUUCGAAGCUUCCAAAGUAACUGCAACAUUGCCAGAAAGUGAGGUGAGGCUCAAGGGACCGAAGUAUUCGCCUGCUGGUGAGAGCGGAACCUUCAGGAUCACAGCAGGUGGAAAUGCUGAGGAAGACAUAGAAAAACCAAAAUCAAAAUCAAAAGGAAAAGAUGAGGAGGAUGAAGAAAAGACAAAAACAAAACACAAAUUCGGUUUAGGCUUUGGCUUCCGAGGCUUUAGUCGCUCGUCUGACAGCGAGGAUGAUACCCGAGAACCAACAUCCUCCCUAACUCCUGACCCUGACAAGCAAGAAGUCAAAGAGGACAAGAAGAAAGUCAAAGGGAAAAUGAGCUUUGGUUUCAAAGGCUUCACUCGUUCCUCAGACACCGACGAGGAACACUCAGAGAAAGUCUCCAUGGACCAGGAUGGCGAUGAGGAUAAGCCAAGACCCAAGGUGAAGGGCGGUCUGCACUUUGGGUUCAAGGGGAGAGGGAGCAGGAGCUCAGACUCGGAGGACAAUAAUGACCAGGAACGGGUAGGCACCGACCCGCAGGCCGAAGGAGGCCCUGUCAAACAGAAACUUAAGCCAAGUCUCAGCUUUGGUUUCAAGAAUAAGAGUAAAAGUUAUGACGUAGAAGGCGGCGAUGCUGAGGCUGACUCUGCCCGGCGGGAAGCUGAUGUAGAGGAGGAGGUGAAGGUGAAGUCCAGAUCUAGCCUUAACUUUGGUCUGAAGGGUUUCGGUAAGACUGAAGGAAAAUAUGAAAUGAAAUCUGAUUCAGAGGGCGGGGAUGCUGAUGAGAAACUGUCCCUCGAUACACGUGGCGAUGAUUCUGCCAGAGGCAAGUCACAGAAAAGCAUGGGUUUCAACUUCCGAAGUAAGAGCGGAAGAAGUACCUCUGAUUCCGAGGGUGUUGAUGCUGAAGACCGAGUAGAGUUUGAUACUCGUGGUGGAGAGGAGAAAGUAAAGGAGCCAAAGAGCAAGGGGAUUCGGCUGGGUUUCAAGGGCUUUAAGAACCUGAAGGGGAAGAUUCAGACAGAGAUCAACCGUAUGAGACAUGACAGCCAUUCAAGUGAUGAUGAAGCAACUCGAGAAAGCAAUGUGAAUGAACAUCCAAAUGCUGCAGAAGCAAAGAGAAAGAAGAAUGCUAAG